UCAAGUCGGACUCCUGAAGCGCAGAAGCCUUUUGCGUGUCUCCCGAGCGCACCGAGGCCCCGGGCAGGACCCCGCCUGCGCUCCUGGCCGCAGCUCCCGCAGGGAGGGGUGCAGGCCUCCCUCCAGUGUCCUCCCCGACCCCCAGCCGGUCUCAGGCGGACCUGGGCGGCCGCUGACUCCCGCGAGGAGCGGUCCCUUCCAGCUCGUGGGCCGGGUGAGCUGCCCCGACCCGGGUGCGCCUCUCCGCCCCGCGCCCCGCGCCCCGCGCCCCGGUCCUCGCGCUCCAGCGCGCGCUCUCCGCCGCGAGCGAGCUCCGCAGUGGCCUCCUCCGGCGGCCAACGGAAACUCCUCCGGGCCGCUGACCCGCCGUGCAGAUCCGGACCUGCAGAGCUGCCCUUCAUGGGCAGUUACCUGAGCCGGGUUCGCGCUGGCCUCUGGACUCGCCCCGGGCCGGGCCAGGACCAGCGGGAGAGGCCGCAGAGCCUGCCGAGCCUCGCCUUGCCGCGCCCCGCCGGCCAGCUCCCCUCCCCUGCGCGGGCUCCCGCGGGGGCCCUCCCGCCGGGCCCCCCUCGGAGGCUGUCCCAUGAGCACCCCGUGGCUUCCCCCUGGCGUCGGCAGCACCGGCGGCGGCUCAUCGUCGUCCACAGGCAGCGCGGCCCCGUCCAGAAGGCCAGGUGCUUGUUUCUGGGGGUCUUCGCCCCCGCGCCCUCGAGCAGCCAUCAGAAGCCAGCGCUGUCGGUUUCUAGCUCCAGGAUGCCCUGCCCGGCCGCUGUCCUGAGCCUGGCAUCUGCCAGAGGUAAACUUAGGCUCUUUUUGGCUCUGGAGUCGUCGGCCUUGGCUCAGUGGCCUUCACGGACCGGCCUUUUCUCAAUCCCAAAAGCGAAGCAGUCCCAGCUGACAGCCUUUGGAGAAAGCAGUCUAGAGAGAGGCAAGGAAAAGAAAGACCUGGCCUCUGUGGGAGACGGUGGAGAAGGGUUUACCAGGCAGAAGGAGAGCAACGCUGCCCCCGAAUGGCAGGAGGAUGCAAAAAGCUGUUCUGAUAGCUGCGAGAACACCCAGUCUGCAUUUAGGCGCCUGGUGGUCAACGGAGUGCUCUCCUCCUUCCUGCCCAGGCCUGGGCCUCUGAAGAGAGAUUUCUGUUAUGGGAGCUCGGUGAAGAGUCUGAUGACGAAAUCCCAGAGCAGCUUCCUGAGCUCAUGCAGCAAGCGCAAUGCCAUCACCAGUUCCUACAGUUCUACCCAGGGUUUGCCCCUACUGCCCAAGAGAAAUGGUGUAGGCCCUGCCAGGCGCCCCCAGGCAGGCUCAUCCCACCUUCUGGUGCCUGCAAAGAAAGCCAGUGAGGAAGGCCAUCAGGUUAGCUCUUCCGCCUCAGUCGUACCCCAGAGAGAAAGCCAGCCCGAAAAGGUCACAGCCACUCAGUCGAGCUGCCAACAAAACCUGAGGGCUUGCUCAAACCCAUCUGAUCUUUCAAGGCCCCCCAAACGAAAGACUCUUCUGCUGUCCUGUAGAAGAAAGGACCCAGUGAUCCUACCGCCCCCUCCCCAGCUUGUCUGUCAGGUGACAGCUGAAGACAUCGACUUAGAGAAGAGAGCUGCGAUCCAGUGGGUCAACAAGGUCUUGAAGGAUGAUAGAGCUAAGGUGCCCAGCAAUUAAACGACUUGAGAACAGCCACAUGAUCCAUCUGCAUAGAAGCUGACCUACAAACCCAUCCUGUGCUUUGUCUAUGUAGUGUAAGACCACACUUCACGUAGGGUCAUUUUGAUACUUGAAGAUAAUCAUCCAAAGUGUUAAUAAACUGUAGUGUCUGAUUUAUUCG